GCUAAUUGCCGUUUUAUUUAUCCAGAAUUUUUACCGGAUCGCAAAAUUGAAUGGCGUAAUCCGAUACGUGAAAAGGUGGAACGGAUCGAUAUGCUCGAUCGACGGACGCAAAUCGAAAUACUGGAAUUCUAUGUCGGCUCAGUAGUAGCAGUUACAAGUUCCGAUCCUCAUUCAGCCGACAAACUUUCUUUUCAACGAAAGUUUUGCCACAAACAAAAAAAACCGGUUCAUUAAGUGCUCCAAAAACGCCGUCAUCGUCGCCAACCGAGCGAGCGUUUUAUUUAUCCAGAAUUUUUACCGGAUCCCAAAAUUGAAUGGCGUAAUCCGAUACGUGAAAAGUUUUAGCGGAUCGAUAUGCUCGAUCGACGGACGCAAAUCGAAAUACUGGAAUUCUAUGUCGGCUCAGUAGUAGCAGUUACAAGUUCCGAUCCUCAUUCAGCGGACAAAGUUAGUCGAUUUUUAGGUAAACACAUGACAAAUUUUAACCACAAAUUUCACGACGCACUCUCCCGGCAUCUUCGGGACUACCCGAAAUUGUGGCGUCCGAAAAAGGGGCCACAAUUCAGCCAGUGCGAGGAACUGGCCGAAAAAGUAACCCGGGAAAUGCAAGAACAAGUCUCCGCGAAAGAGAUAAGCAGCGCGCUAAAAAGAAUAAGGGACCGCCUUCUACGUUUAGAGAAGGGAUUGUACACUUCAACCUAUGGUAUACGCAAGAGCUUGGAUAUAGUCGAGCCGUCGAGGUCAUACGGGCCGCGUCUGCGCAGGAGAAACCGAGGAGCGUAGCGAGCCCGGAAACAGUGGCCAUCAACUUGGCUGAUGCAGCCCCGCCA